GGGUUUGCCAAGGGGCUGGCGGACGUGGCGGACAAUCUUUCUCGGGCCGCCGCCUCUGCCUCCCUGCCGCCACACCCCGCCUCCCCCGACAGUGGGCAGGGCAAGGGCGGGGAGGGUGGGGGUGGGCGCGACCCGGAGGCGCUGCUGAAGUCGCUGCUGGAUGGGGUGGAGAUGACGGAGAAGCAGCUCAUGCAGGUGUUUCGGCAGCAUGGCAUGGAGCGGCACGACCCGAUGGGGCAGCGCUUUGACCCCAACCUGCACAACGCCGUGUUUGAACUCGACGACCCCACCAAGGAGCCCGGCACCAUCGCCCACGUGCUCAAGGUGGGCUACACUCUUCACGGCCGUGUGGUGCGCCCAGCCGAUGUGGGCGUGGUCAAGGGCAGUCACGCAUAG